AUGGCGACCUCCAUGGGAGAAGUGAAAUGUGCAUUGACUUCACAGAAAGAUGGUGUAAAACCUAUCAAUUCUUUACAUCAUGGGGACAGAAAAUUCUACAGAUUACCACAAGAAUCACAACCACGGAUCGGCGCUAAGAAAAACCAGAUUAAGAGCGACAAUAUGGACAAUUUCAUGUCAUACAUCGACCAUAAUGUGAUUGGACGAGACACGAUUUUUUAUGGGCCAUUCGGGCAGCGGCAAGUUGUGUAUUGUGACUACACAGCAUCAGGAAGAUCACUGGAAAUGAUUGAGGAUUAUAUAAGAAAGCAGGUACUUCCGUUGUACGGAAAUACUCACACGACAACAACAGUAACCUCAUUGCAGACUACACUCUUCAGACAUGAAGCAAGAGAUAUCAUCCGUAACGCUGUGAACGCUAGUGAGCAUGACGCUGUGAUCUUUGUAGGUACUGGAUGCACUGCCGCUGUACAUAAACUCAUACAUAGUCUUUAUCUACAGUCACCACCUGUUGUGUUUGUUGGCCCUUAUGAGCACCACUCCAACUUGUUACCAUGGCGAGAGAUAGGAGCAGAUGUUGUGCAAAUAGCUGAAGAUGAAGCAGGCCUUGUUGAUUUGUCCAGCUUAGAGGAUGAACUAAAGCUAAAAACUAAUGCUGCAAUUUAA